GUUUUUCUCAAGUUCAUCAAACAACCGCAGUAAGAAUAUUUCAUCAAGCACGGAGGAGCUCAAUACAGCACUGAAGUCCUUACAGGAGAAACUUAAACACAAUGAAAACAUUAAAGGAGAGUUUGAGAAAACAGUUCAACACAUCGAGUCUCAAGCUGAGCACACAGAGCGUCAGAUUAAACAGCAGUUUGAGAAGCUUCAUCAGUUUCUCAGAGAUGAAGAAGAAGCUACAAUCACUGCACUGAGAGAGGAAGAGGAGCAGAAGAAGCAGAUGAUGAAGGAGAAGCUGGAGGAGAUGAACAGACACAUCUCAGCUCUUUCACACACAAUCAAAGACACGGAGGAGAAGAUGAAAGCCAGUGACGUCUGCUUUCUGAAGGAGUUUCCAGUCUCGAUGGAAAGAGUCCAGAUCUCAUCACAGCCGGAUCCACAGACUCCUUCUGGAGCUUUGAUUCAUGUGCCACGUUACUUGGGGAACCUGUCCUUCAGAGUCUGGAAGAAGAUGCAGGACAUCGUCCAGAACAGUGAGUCUGACUGCAGAAGAUCUGAGCUUCAUACACACACACUGGAAAUGAUGCAAUAUUGA